UGACGAGCAAGCUCAGUAGCGAUUUGGAAUUCUUUGAAAAUGUUGCGAUAUUUUCAGUUGUUAUUGGUUAUUAUGUUUGUCGGCCUGAGCGCCGUGAGUUCACGAGACUCGAAAUCUUCUGACACACCAUCAGACCGCGAAGGGAAGCUUCUAUCUUUGUUCCAAAUCGUGAGAUUCCCCAACGAGCCCUGCAUCGGCCAAGCCAGCAAGAACGGAACCUGUUACACGGCCGAUGAGUGCACCUCCAAGGGAGGAACCAAUGCAGGCACUUGUGCCCAAGGCUAUGGAGUCUGCUGUACCUUUACCGAAAAUUGUGGUGCCACCUCUAACGAAAAUUGCACCUACUUUGAGUCGUCCGGAGGGGAAAUUGGGGCCUGUCAGCUCAAGAUCUGUCCUUGUAGUGACAACAUCUGCCAGCUCCGUCUGGAUUUCAACCAAUUCAUGAUCACGGGCCCCUCCACGUCCACCGUGAUCGUCAGUGCUCAUAAGGGAGGCGUGAUUGGAGCCCCAGGAGCCACCAAACCCAUUUCUUUAGCCUCACGAUGUCUGACUGAUACCUUCUCCGUUCUCACCCCGUCUGGCCAAUCUCCGCCCUCAAUCUGCGGCAUCAACACGGGCGAACACAUGUAUGUGGACUCAAGUGCUACCUGCAACGACCUGGUUUUCCAAUUGGGGAACACGGUUCAAGGAACGGGCGUCGGACAACGCCAAUGGAGCAUCAAGAUCACCCAAUACAAUUGUGAUUAUCCCAAUUUGGCACCUGAUGGCUGCACGCAAUACUAUUUCGGAGCCAGUAUGGACACCGUUCAGACCUACAAUUUUGCAGGUGGACAGCAUUUGGCCAAUCAAGACCAAAACAUUUGUAUCAGGCGUGAACGGGGAAAUUGCCGGAUCUGUUACGCCACAGUCAUGGAAUCUGACUUCAUGACAUCGGGCAUGGCCACGAAAAUGGCGAUUGAGAUUCGAAGCUACCGCAAGUACAUCUAA